UGCAGCGCUGUCCCAAUGGGCACAGCGAGCGCUCCUAUUUACAAUAAAAGCUCUGUAACGUGGAUUGAAGGGGUUCCCUGCUCCCACACUGAUGACCACAGCCUCGGAGUGAAGGGCGCGGAGGAGAAGCACGUGCGAACUUCAGUCCUUUAUAACUCUCCAACUCUGCUGUCCGCUUGGCACGCGCAAAGACGAGCCGUUCCCAGACUAGAUGGGUUGAACGCUAUGCAGUCGCCCCGAAGGCAAACUCCGAGCUGGAAGACUUUUUCACACUGAAAUCUCACUUCUUUAUGGAUUAUUGAUUUAAAUACUUGGAUUAAAGUUCACAACUAGGACAUCAGGACUGCGUCUGGGUUCGGGUAUUUUUUUUUAAGACCACUAUAGAAUAUGCCAAGAGGAUAAAAAGCAUCGUGUCGCACAUCCACUCUCUGACGGAUAGGAACCUGGCUGAGGUGCGGGUGGAGCGCGCGGAUGCGGUGGAGGUGUGCGCAGACCCGCAGGCUGUGCGUCCCGCUGACCAGACCCUCAGCUGUCUCUAACUCUCCUCUUCUCCUCCAUAUGUCUCAGAUGCUUCGGGUGGCCGCACGUCCCCCCACGGCACCAUCCAGCUGCACCUUUACGCACUCCGGCUGUGAGAUCACCGCCAUCCAGGAAUAGAUCCUCGCGAUCCUUUCUGACCGAAUAUCAGCUCUGUUUGUCUGCGGGGACAGUUGAAUGGAUUUUCAAGUACACUUUACAGAAACUGUGGAAUUAGAAAAAUACAAUUUUUGGAGACAUAAAGGCGCUUUACUUAGACUUUCGAACGAGAAAUGUGUCUGCCUGGAGAUAUUUAAAUCGCUUUGGUGAACUUUUUUCUGUUUUAUUAUUUGAGAUUUGAAGAGGAGAAAAUGAACCUGUGUGUGGUCAGUCUUCUCCUCACUCUGGAUCUAGCCGCCGUGGCGCUCAGCCUGUCCACGUGCAGCACGCUGGACAUGGAUCAGUUCAAGAAGAAGCGCAUCGAGGCCAUCCGAGGGCAGAUCCUGAGCAAGCUGAAGCUCAGCAGUCCGCCGGAGGACUUCCCCGAGCCCGAGGAGGUGUCCCGGGACAUCGUCGCCAUUUACAACAGCACGCGCGACCUUCUGCAGGAGAAGGCAAACGAGCGCGCGGCGACGUGCGAGCGCCAGCGCAGCGAGGAGGAGUACUACGCCAAGGAGGUGCACAAGAUCGACAUGCAGCCAGUAUACCCGUCAGAGAAUGUAAUCUCUCCCACACACUUCAACCCUUACUUCAGGCGGCUGACGUUUGAUGUGUCCUCCAUGGAAAAGAACGCCUCCAACCUGGUGAAGGCUGAGCUCAGGAUCUUCCGUCUUCAAAACCACAGGGCCCGGGUGUCUGAGCAGCGCAUUGAACUGUACCAGAUUUUAGGACACAAAGACCUGACGUCCCCGACGCAGCGAUAUAUAGACAGCAAGGUGGUACGAACACAGACGGAGGGCGAGUGGCUCUCCUUCGAUGUGACGGAGGCAGUGAGUGAAUGGAUGAACCACAGAGACAGAAACAGCGGUUUCAAGAUCAGCCUGCACUGUCCAUGCUGUACCUUUGUGCCAUCAAAUAACUACAUUAUUCCCAACAAGAGUGAGGAGCUGGAAGCACGCUUUGCAGGUAUUGAUGACAGCUUCGUCCAUAGUGCAGCGGUGCCUAAGCACAGAUCCCGGGCUCCACACCUCCUGCUCAUGCUGCUGCCUUCAUACCGGCUGGAGUCACAUUCCCACCAAACCAACCAUCGAGCCAAGAGAGCUCUGGAUGCUGCCUAUUGCUCCAGAAACGUUCAGGACAACUGCUGCUUACGCUCUCUCUACAUCGACUUUAAGAAGGACCUCGGCUGGAGGUGGAUCCACGAGCCAAAGGGCUACGAGGCCAACUUCUGUGCCGGGGCCUGUCCCUAUCUGUGGAGCGCCGACACCCAGCAUUCCAAGGUGUUAGGCCUGUAUAACACGAUCAACCCUGAAGCUUCGGCAUCGCCCUGCUGCGUAUCCCAGGACCUGGAGCCCCUCACUAUCCUCUACUACAUCGGCAAGACCCCCAAAAUAGAGCAGCUCUCCAACAUGAAGGUCAAGUCCUGCAAAUGCAGCUGAAAGAACUUACAAAGCAGCAGCACACACACACACA